AUGGCUGCUGCACCUGCCCGUUUCCCCCCUUCCCGCCCCUGCCUGCCCUUCCAGCCGCACCCUCCAGACCGAGGGCAACCCGGGAGCUCGCCACUUGCCUCUCUCCCUGAUGCCCACAGGCAGCCCCCGGUGACCUAUCGGCGGCCGCAGACCCUCCCUCCGCCAGCCGCCGUGCCCUGCCAGCCGUCGGCUUCUGCUCGCUGCCGCGCAGCUCUACCCCACGCCAGCUCGACGGCGGCGCCCCGGCCCCCGUCGCCAGUUGGAGCCCGCCCCGCCGGCAGCACCGCCCCCCGCCCGCCUCCCGGACGGGGUCUGCCCCUCACCCGGCCCCACAGCCUGGCACGGCCGCGAGUUGGCUGUUGGCCGGUGCAAGAACCGAGUCGAGCCCACCACUUCGCCGUUCCGGUUUUGCACCUCCUAUGCACUCCUGCCCCCGAAAGUGCGCGUCCCCUGCCAUCCCAUUCUGUCCCCGAUAAGAGUUCAGACAGGCUUUCCCCGUCUGGGAGAGCAUCCCGUACCCAGACGGCAUCUGGGAUUUGGAAAUUGUGUGAUACAAAGAGAGGCAGACCUGUAGUUUGA